AUGCAGCUCUUCCUCCUUGUCGCAGUCCUGAUCGCGGAUAUCGCCUCUGUCUGCGCUCGCAACCUUCACCCUGAGAUCACUCCAGCACCCAGGGUUGAAGACCUGCAGAAACGCCAGGAUUACUCGGAUCUUAUAGGCUGGUACUCAUCAAGCGUCUACUGGUACUCCUACACCUGUCCGUCGGGACAGUACUAUGCUGCCGGCCCACGGUUCGGGGCCUGCUGUCCUACUGGGGAGCCAUACUGCAACCCCCUGGUGGGAUGCGAGGGAAACGUCGGCGUGUACUCUAACGGUGUCCGGGGCGACUGCGGAACUGACAUAUGCGACACGGUCACUAUAUUCAACUCACAGAAUGCUGCAGCUACCGGAAUCCACAGCCUAGUCGCAUGUUUCUCGUCUGAUCGCUUCUAUAGCUUCCCCAGGACUUACUACAGAGCGACUUUUGCACUGACAACCAGCACUACUGACGAACCAAAGACUGCCACGGCGACAGCUACCAAGACCGUGACCCAGACUGCUUCUCCGGGACUGGGAGUGAAGCUGUUGGAUGAAGGGAUGUGGAAGAGGCUCUACAUGGUCCCUUUGCUCGCUACGCUCUUUGGAUUUAUGCUUUGA